AUGUAUUUUUCACAAUGCAUUUUACAAAAAAAUAGCCAAAUUUAUCAGAGUCAAAGGCAUAAGGAAGCAAGGAAGAUUUAUACGAUAUUUUAGCUGCCUCAAAAAAAUAGAGAUUAAAACAUUCAAAUUAAUAAUAGAAUUGCUUAAGAUGGAAGAGAUUUCAGAUUAUCUCAGCUUUUUAUCACAAGAGGAAAACCAAAAUUGCUUGGAAAAGACAUUCCAGCUGCCAACUUAUUACAACAAAAAUAAUUUGAGAAGCUUAACGACGCUAGAAAGGAUAUUUAUUUAAUUACUAGACUUAUGAAAUAAAUUUUAUGUCAUGACUUCAAUAACAUAAAUUAUUUCACUGAAAUUAAUAUCUACGUUAAAUAAGCACUAAUUAAUAAAAUAGGAAAAAAUGAAAACAUUGUUGAAUUCUUAAAAUAUUUAGUACAUCUUACUUCUAUUGAUAAUAAUUUCAUUUAAACUGGAUCAAAUUCUCUUCAUUUAUUAGUUGAGAUGAAUGCUGAUCUGAAGAUGCAAUCUUUUACAAAUAUUUAAAUUAAAAAUACUUCGCUGUUAGGAUCUAAUUUUACCAAAAGUGACUUAAGUGGAUCUAAAUUUGAUAAUGUCGUUUCAGUGGAAUAAAUUUAAAUGCAGCUAAAUUAUUCAUUUUAAAUGGAAGAAUUUAAGAAUAAAUGAAUUGAAGUAGUUAAAAGGUCAUAUUGCCUCUCUCAAUUAAGUUUGCUUUUCUUCAAAUGGCAAUUCAUUAGCUUCUUGUAGUGAUGAUAAUUCCAUUCGAUUGUGGAAUAUAAAAACUGGAAAAAUAAAAUUAAUGUUAGUAAAUGGUAGUAAAGUCGAAUAAAUAUGUUUCUCACCUAAUGGGAUAUUCAAACAGGAAAGAAAUCACAAUUGCAUGGCCAUACUUGAACAGCGCAUUCAUUUUGUUUUUCUCCUGAUAGUUAUUUAUUAGUAUCUUGCAGUGGAAAUAAUACAAUCCACAUUUGGGAUGUUUAAACAGGACUACAAAAAUAUUAAACUGAAGGUCAUACUAAUGCAGUCAUAUCAGUGUGCUUUUCUUUUGAUGAUAAAACAUUAGCCUCAGGGAGUAAGGAUAAUUCUAUCCGUAUAUGGGAUAUUCAAACAGGUCAAUAAAAAUCUUAAUUAAAUGGGCAUAAAUAAGAAAUCAAUGAACUUUGCUUUUCUCCAGAUGGUUCAACAUUGGCAUCAGGGAGUGAAGAUAAAUCUAUACGUUUAUGGAAUGUUUCAUCAGGAUAAUAAAUAUCUGUAUUAAUUGGUCAUAGUAAAAGUGUCACAUCAAUUUGUUUUUUUCCUAAUGGUGCAAUAUUAGCAUCUGGUAGCUAAGAUAGGCUUAUCUGGUUAUGGGAUGUCUAAACCUGACAACAAAAAAUGUAAUUAAAUGGACAUAAAGAUGAUGUAAAUUCCAUAUGCUGUUCUUCUGAUGCUUUAACAUUAGCAUCUGGUAGUAGAGAUAUGUAUAUAUUUUAUGGGAUGCUAAAUCAGGAUAACUAAAAUCUUAAUUAAAUGGUCAUUUUGGUAGGGUAUUAUGUUUAUGUUUUUUCUGAUUGUUCUAUAUUAGCAUCUGGUUAUGAUGAUAAUGCUAUCCGUUUAUGGGAUAUUAAAACAGGACAGGAAAAAUUCUAAUUAAAUGGCCAUACUUGGGGUAUCUCUUCUCUAUGUUUUUCUCCUGAUGGCACAACUUUAGCAUCUAGUGGAGAUAACUCCAUUCGGUUAUGGGAUUUUGAUACGGGAAGGUUAAAUUCUUAAUUAAAUGGCAAUAAAAAAUAUGUAAUGUCAGUAUAAUUUUCUCCUGAAAGUACUAAAUUAGUAUCUGGAGGAGAUGACUCGAUUUGUUUAUGGGAUACACAGCAAUGUAAAAAAAGUCUUAAUUAUUAGUGA